UAAGAUUCUUAUUCCCAAAACAUCAAUUAAUUUCUUUAAUUUUUCCUCUUAUAAAUGAUAACAUUGUCUUUAUAAUUGUCCCCAUCACAAAUACAAUUUCCUCUCAAGAAAAAUAAAAAACACCAACAAUGCCUACUACUACAACUUCAAAAUCUAACCAUUUUCGAUCAAUCAGUUUACCUGGAAGAUCACAUUCCAACCAUGUUCGAUCAAUAGGUAUACCUGGGUGUUCACACCAAACCACGGAAAAACUUAAAGAGGCUAUCAAUAAUCUCAAAGCAUUAGAAGUAUCAACGACAUCGUCAGCAGAGGUUAUGUACAACGGUUUACUUGGUCUAGAGGAGUUAUACAAAUGUGUAAAUGUUCUACUUAACUUGCCUCAAACACUUCAAGCAUUUUCCCAAUAUCGUCUGGGGAAAAUGGUUGAAGAUUUAUUGGAUAAAUCGGUGAGACUUCUUGAUCUUUGUGGAACCACAAGGGAGCUUGUCUUGCAAUAUAAAGAAAAUGUCCGCGAUCUUCAAUCCUCUCUCAAAAGGAGGAAAAAAGAUUCAACAACAGAAACCAGUAUGACUAAAUUCAACUCUUUCAGCAAGAAGAUUAAGAAGGAAGCUAAAAGAUUAGCCUUGAUGUUAAAGCAAAUGGAUCAAGAGACUGAACGAUCAUUCGUACCCAAAGAUGCAGACCAAGACACGGUAGAUAUGAUUAAAACACUUAAGGAAGCUAACGCAAUGCGUAUUUCCAUGUUCCAAAUGUUCUUGUCCUUCUUAUCUGUUCCACUUUUGAAGCCAAAGGUAUCUAAAUGGUCAUUAGUUUCUCGAUUAUUGGUAAACAAAGGAAGAUUAGCAUGCGAAGGCCAAGAAGAAAAGAUGGAUUUGGAAAACAGGUUGGAACCAUUCGAGGCUCACCUUGAUAACUUUGAAAAUGGAUUGGAAGGAAUAUAUAGAUGCAUGAGUAGAUCAAGAAGUUCUCUUUUGAAUAUCUUGAAGGAACUAGGAUUCAGUACACCUAUGUGGUUCAACCUCGAAUUAUCUAAAGAGAAAAAAGAGACAACGGUUGAAAAACUAUUUGGGGAGUACAUGUGUCUCUUUAGAAAAAGUCCUAAUGUUACAACUUCUCGUUAUAAAAGUGUACGUUCUUUUUAAUUAGGAGAAUAAAACACAAUUACUUAUGUGAACUCUCUUCUUCAUAGUGAUUUCCUAUCAUAUUUGGAACGGUACGAUCAUAAACUGUUAAUUUAUACAG